AAAGGGUGGAAGGAGGGCACGCGGUGCAGUCUUGUCGGGCGCGGAGGCUGAGGGCGCAGGCGACCAUUCCGAGUGCAAGGUGGCCGGAAUGUCCUCGUCUUCUCGCACACCAUCCCCCCAUCCGCCACUGGGAGAACCCAGACAACACAAUGAACCAAAGGAAAAAGUAAAAUCAACACUUUCGCACGUGCGGUUGACUGCAGACGCAAAGAGCCAUGUGCUCUCCCUCCCUGCUUUGUCCACGGCACCAUCUCCAGUAGGCGGCAAGGACAUAGAGGGAGGACCUAUGCAUGGCACCACACCGGAUGGGAUGUUCCAUUCGGUCGGGGGCUACGGCUGGUACGAGGAGGAUAAUGUAAGCCCAGCGAAUAGUGGAGAUGAGCACGGAGAAGAGGAUGGUGGUGGCGGUGACAUCAAGCAUGUACGAGUCCUCUCUCGGAUGGAGACACUGCGGGUGGACGUGUUAGAUGCCUCGAUGCCCGGCGGAACCGGUCACGGGGGGCUUCAAAUUGAUGAAGCUGGAGGCGUGACAGAUGAAUGUGAGCGUCUUCUCCCACGGGUGCCUAUCUGUCGUCAUGACAGCGUGAACGAGGAGGGCAGCCUGGGCCGCAGUAAGAGCACUAGAAUGGAUGCAGACACUACCACGAUGAGCUACAGUCACGCAGCAGACGGCACCAGACGCCAACACUGGCAUCGGCAGCGAGAAGGUGAAAUUCUGUUUCACCUGCCACAGAGCAACUUCUCAGUGAUGACGCGGCAAUUUCUGGAGGAGGCUGCUGCCCUCUCCGGCACCGUGGGUGGAGGACCCCCUGGCCGGGCGACGCACUGUUUUCACCACCGCCACCCCCGUGUUCUCCAGCUCCAUAGUCACCGCUCACAUUCGAAGCGGCAGCCGGAAGUUGUGUACGCGGCCCUGGGCCUGGGGGGCUUUCGCAUCUGCCAAACCGGAUGGGGCAGCCAGCAUGCCGAGUACUUAGUCUGCCUCUGCAUUAAUCAGCAGACAUUCAUUGCAUGGCGGCGAUACUCCGCCUUUGCCAAGUUCUUCAGGGACAUCCAGCGCGUAUACCGAAAUGCGGCUGACAUGUUUCCAGCCACACGAGGCGCAUGGAAAGCGCUGGAAAGGGGACGGAAGUGGUGGCGAUGCCUGAGUGUGGGUUACUUGGCGUUCAAGCUCGGCCUCCUUGAGUCCUUUCUGGAGGCUGUGUUGGUCGAGGUCCCUGGACCUGACCUCUUGAUGGCAUUCGCUUCGCCAAGUCCCUCAACAACAAUUUGCGAUGGGCUUUGGUCUUGUCCGUGCGUGAGGGAGAUGGACGAUCAAGGCACCUGGGGGGCUAAUGGUAUCACUCACAUUUCUAGUAACGAGGAAAUGUUGCUCUGUCAGAAAGUGCAGGAAGCUGGACAGUUUCGAGGGAUUGAAUCUGGUUGUGACACAGUCGCUAGGGAAGAAAAGUAAUUUUUGAAACAGUAAAUUUGAGAGAGAUGAUGGUUUGAAACCCACAUUUUUG